UUUCCUAAAACUAUGGCUCUUGUGCAACCGUACCUUCCAAAUCUCAAGGUCGAGCAUAUCUCCAAUCCUGCGGUCGAUAGAGUGCUUGCCGAAUUAAGCGACUGGGUCACCUACUCCGCACAAUUUACAACGGACCUGGAGAACCUACAGAGAUGUGUGGAUAAAGACUUUGCCCAAGUCGUACAACCUCUACUUGACGCACUUGGCCUUCCCGAGAAGGUAUGAAACGAGUUCAGCCAUAUAUUGCUAAUCAAGUUCUAACACAAAGGUAUCGAUGAAGUUAAAAAAUCAGCGCUGGGGUUGUGGCAUAUUUCGCACUGGCCCUGGGCGAGCACAACUCCGUAAUUCAGCCGACACA